AUGACUUUUGAACUCUGGAUAAAAACAAGCCGAUCAGCUGAUGUAAAAGCAACAACAUCAACAGGGGUUUGACACCAAAUAGCUCAGCAGGCUAACUUUCUCACCGACGUUAGCCGUAUGAGGCGGACGGCGGCACGGUGAUAGACUGUGUACGUGUCCACUUUUAGACCGUGAUGAGGCAGCGUUUUAGUCCGGGAACUGCUCCUCUUUGGUCGGACUGGUAGACCCUGCUAGGUCAGUCUAUUGAAGCGAAGGUUGUUUGUUUCUCCAGUCUUAGUAACCCAUCGUCCUGCACUGUCAGGUUUGAAAUGAGUGGUCAAAGUCCAGCUGUAGACAAAGGGAUGAACACUGUCCUGGGCUGUCAGGAGAGCUACGCCUGCGGGGGGUCAGAUGAGGCUGCGUUUGAAUGUGAUGAAUGCGGCAGCUUGCAAUGUGUCCGCUGUGAACUGGAGCUCCAUCGCCAGGAGCGGAUGAGGAAUCACGACCGGGUUCGGAUUGCACCGGGCCAUGUUCCUUUCUGCGACUCGUGCAAAGGUGACAGCAGCUGCCCUGUCAACGGUGGACGACUCAGGGCGGUGGUACGCUGCCAGGGCUGUAAGAUCAACCUGUGUUUGGACUGCCAGAAACGCACCCACAGUGGAGUCAACAAGAGGAAGCACCCUCUGACACCUUACCCCCCAGCCAAAGCACCCCAGGAUAACAAUGUGGGUGGAGGGGAGUCAGAGAUGGAGAUCCUGAAGGCCGAGCUGGACAAGGUGUGCAGCUUUCUGUUGGUGGACGAGCGGGAGGAGAUGCAGGUUAAGAAUGUAGAAGACUUUGUGAACAGACUGGGCUGCCAGCCGGAAGAGCUCCUGAAGGUGGUGUCCAUCUUUGGAAACACUGGUGAGGGCAAGUCCCACACCCUGAACCACACAUUUUUCCUUGGACGAGAGGUGUUCAAGACCUCACCCACCCAAGAGUCCUGCACUGUGGGUGUAUGGGCAGCUAUGGACCCUGUGCAUCGAGUGGUAGUCAUCGAUACAGAGGGACUACUUGGAGCUGGAGCCAAUCAGGGUCAGCGGACACGUCUGCUCCUCAAAGUCUUAGCCAUAUCUGAUGUAGUCAUCUACCGAACCCAUGCCGACCGUCUUCACGAUGAUCUCUUCAAGUUCCUUGGUGAUGCAUCAGAUGCCUACUUGAAGCAUUUCACUAAGGAGCUGAAAGCAACCACCACUCGCUGUGGUCUGGAUGUCCCGUUGUCCACUCUGGGUCCUGCAGUUAUCAUCUUCCAUGAGACCGUACACACUAAGCUACUGGGUUCAGACAAACCGUCUGAAUCAGCUGAGCGACUUCUUCAAGAGCGCUUCAGGAAGCUGGGUCUGUUUCCGGAAGCAUUUAGCUCCAUUCAGUAUCGGGGAACUCGAACCUACAACCCUCCCACGGACUUCAGUGGUUUGCUGCGGACCCUAGAGCAACAGCUGGAUAACAACACCACCCGCUCGCCACGCUCAGCCAGUGUCAUCUACAAGGCUCUGCAGGCCCUGAGCGAAAGCUUCAGUGGGGACAUUCCAGAGGAGCAAAUGACUAGUAACUCAUUCUUCCCAGAUGAGUACUUUACCUGCUCUAGCCUCUGCCUCAGCUGUGGUUCAGGCUGUAAGAGAAGCAUGAAUCACCUGAAGGAAGGACUCGACCAUGAGGCCAAACAUCGCUGCCGCUACUCCGCCCAGUACGACAACCGCAUCUACACCUGCAAGGCCUGCUAUGAGGGAGGGAAGGAGGUAAUAGUUGUUCCGAAAACGACGGCCUCAUCUGACUCACCGUGGUUUGGUUUGGCCAUUUAUGCUUGGUCUGGGUAUGUUAUUGAGUGUCCCAACUGUGCAGUGAUCUACAGAAGCAGGCAGUACUGGUAUGGAAACCAGGACCCAGUGGAGACAGUGGUACGAACGGAGAUCCAGCACAUCUGGCCCGGAUCUGAUGGUUUUUUGAAAGACAACAACAAUGCUGCUCAGAGGUUGCUGGAUGGAGUCAAAUACAUUUCUCAGUCGGUGUCUGAACUCAGCGUCAAACCUGCCAAAGCUGUCACCUCCUGGCUUACAGACCAGAUUGCUCCCACAUACUGGAAACCAAACUCCCUUAUCCUGAAAUGCCAUAAAUGUGCAGAAGAGUUUCAGCCCAACGACACAAAGCACCACUGCCGUGCCUGUGGGGAGGGAUUCUGUGAUUCCUGCUCCUCAAAAACAAGGCCAGUCCCUGAGAGGGGCUGGGGGCUUGCGCCUGUCCGUGUGUGCGAUGCCUGUUUCCACAACAGAGGGAUCUCAACUGAGCUGCUGGAUGCUGCCUUGGAGGAGGAGGGAGGCACACUGAUAGCUAGGAAGGUUGGGGAGGCGGUGCAGAACACGUUAGGAGCUGUUGUUGGUGCCAUCGACAUACCUCUGGGCCUGGUGAAAGAUGCAGCUCGCCCAGCCUACUGGGUCCCAGAUCAGGACAUUCACUCCUGCAACGAGUGCCAGAGGGAGUUCUCCCCUCGCCUCUCCAUCCAUCACUGUCGCGCCUGUGGGCAGGGCGUGUGUGAUGACUGCUCUCAGGAGCGCCGUGCCGUGCCCUCCCGUGGCUGGGACCACCCGGUGAGGGUCUGCAACGGGUGCAACCAGAAAGCCGGGGAUCUCUAGCAGGACGAGGAGGAAGACACCGUUAAAAGACAUCUGCCUCUUAAACUGGAAUUGACGUUUUGACUGAAAGGUUUCUUUUCUCAUGCCACUGGACUCUCUGUGGCAGGUCGGACUCUUGCUUGUUUUUAAAGCUGUCCCCACGUCACUUAAGUCCCUAUUCAUUUUAAUACACCUAUAUGUUACACUGUGAACAUAAGCAGUCAGACUGAAACUUGAAUAUCAAGACGCUAAGAAGUUACAACAUAUUUACAAUGUUUAAUGAAAGGCAGGUUCAAUUCUAUGUAACCAUUUGAUCCUCAAAAACUGGUACCCAUGCACAUGAAGCCCUGACCCCCUUUGACAAUCUCUCCCAGUGUGACUCACUAGUCCUAUUAGCACCUUUUAUUUGGUGCUACAUGUGUAUAUCAUUUAUUAUCAGAAAUACUGACUGAGCAUCUUAAACUGACUCCAGGUUUGCACUUAGAAACUCAGAGCUCUGAACGCUGCGUUCAGGGCCGGCAUUGGAAGAAAAAGGAAGGAAACUUGAAAUUGCGUUUGAACAGACGUCUGGCGGUUUCUUCACUGCUUUUCUUUGGCUUCAGGAGGAUUGACACAAUCAAAAGCUAACAAUGUACUGUAGCACCGAGAUGCAUUCCUACUUAAAUAAUUAUCUACUUACAUAAUCCUUUGUGCUUGUUUGGGCAGAUGGUAUUGGAGCAUCCUUGAUAAAAAAGCUGUGUGGAUGACUGCUUAAAUUUUAGAUUAUAAAUAUAAGGGAAAAAAAGGUUUACUGGGGUUGUAGGGAUAUUUUUAAAUGGCCUCAUUUUAUUUUUAAAAUGUCAAAACUACUAUCAGGAGAAACAUGACUGCAGUGUAAUGAAACAAAGCUUUUAUAGAGUGGCUGGCUCCCAGUAGCAAACGUGGUUCAGGAAAGACUUCAAUGUCACUUUGAGGCUGGCCCCUCAAAACAGGAGCUAAUAACUCAGGCUGUUUAGGGAUGUUAGCAAUGUUUGAUGUUACCUUUACUGCAACAAUACUUUAUCUGACAAAUACAACAUAUGAUGGAGCCGUGGCAUUAUGAUAUCUGGCUGUGACCUGGAGGAGUUACUUUGGUUCUGAUGUCAUAACAAAUAAGCCUAAAUACCAUCAGUCAAGGAGCUCAAGGCCAUCUCAGACUGAGAUGUUCAAUAAAUAUCACAAGGAACAAAUCAAUCAAUACCUUUAUGAUCUUGUAUGCUCAUACAGUAUGUAAUAAACUACAGAAAAUCA